AUGUCCCCGACCGCCGACUUCACCAUUUCCGACUUUCCUCACAAAGUCCUCGCUCCCAUCGCCACCGACACCACCGCUCCCUCGUAUUCGUCGCUUCUCCUAGCCCAACGCCAGCUCUCCGCCAACGCGUCCGCCAUUCCCAGCCUUAACGGCGGCGGGGCCCAUGGUCACAUGGCCCUCACGCUCUCUGCCGAAGCGUACGCCGAACUCUCCGACAUCCCUUUUGUCAUCCCCGUUGCUCCCCCUGCCGACCCUGAACCCGGCACCACGCAACCUCAAAUCACGGAGAACAACCGACUCCACAAACGCGCUGUGGCCAUCCACAGCCUCUACGUGGCGGUCAACAACGCCCUUCGUCGCCAGAUCCUCGAUGCCGUUCCUCGCGUCUACGUUCGCGACCUAGAACACCCCCAGUUUGCCUACAGCCACGUUUCCUGUCGCGACCUCCUCGACCAUCUCUGGCGCAACUUUGGUACCAUCUCCGCUUCGGACCUCAAAACCAAUAUUCAGUCCAUGUACACCCCGUGGAACCCUGCUGACCCCAUCGAGACCAUUUUCCAUCGCUUAACUGACGCCAUCGCCUACUCCACGGCGGGACAUGACCCCAUCACCGAAGCUGCCGCCGUUCGCGCCGGCUACGACGUGCUCGAGCACUCUGGCCUGUUUCCCCGUGCCUGUGAAACCUGGCGUACCGCCUCGCCGGAUACCCACACGCUUGCCAAUCUGCGCACCCUAUUCAAGGUCGCCGAUACCGACCGCAAGCGUACGGUUACCACCGGCUCCCUUGGUCUUAACUCGUCUGUAGUCCCCUCCCCGCCUAGUACCCACACCUCGGCCAUUGCCGACACCGGCUGCACCGGCCACUACAUUACCAUCAACUGCCCUCACACGCACCGGCACCCAGCCAACCCCAGCCUCUCCGUCCGUGUCCCGAACGGCUCUGUCCUCCGCUCCAGCCACGUUGCCACCCUGGACCUCCCUGGUUUCUCCCCUGCCGCCUGCCAAGCCCACAUUUUUCCUGGGCUCGCUUCCCAUCCGCUCCUCUCCAUCGGUCAACUGUGCGACGACGGCUGUACGGCAACCUUCUCGGCCACUCGCCUUGACAUCCAUCGCGACGCCACCCUGCUGCUCUCUGGUGCCCGCUCCCCCCACACUGGCCUCUGGCACCUUGAUCUUACCCCUCCCAAGUCCCCUGCUACAGCCCAUGCUCUCGUUCCAACCACCCCCCUCGCCGACCGCAUCGCUUUUGUUCACGCCUCGCUCUUCUCCCCGGCUCUCUCUACCUGGUGCCAGGCCCUCGACUCCGGCCAUCUCGCGACCUUUCCAGACCUUUCCUCCCGCCAGGUCCGCAAGUACCCACCCCGCUCCCCCGCGAUGAUCAAAGGUCACCUCGACCAACAACGCGCAAACCUGCGCUCCACCAAGCUUUCCCCUGCCUGUUCCCCUCUCUCGACGGAACCCCCUGCCAUCGCUGUGCCCGACCUCGAUCCUCCUGACGCCCACCCUAUCGCACGCACACACCAUGUUUUUGUUGCCCACCAACGGGUCACCGGUCAAAUCUACACGGACCAACCGGGCCGUUUCCUCACGCCCUCAAGUGCCGGACACAACGACAUGCUUGUGCUCUACGAUUUUGAUAGCAAUGCCAUCCAUGUCGAGCUCAUGAAGAACAAGUCCGGCCCCGAGAUUCUUGCCGCCUACAAACGCGCACACUCUCUCUUUACCCAACGCGGCCUCCGUCCCCAGCUCCAACGCCUCGACAACGAAGCCUCUACAGCCCUCCAAUCCUUCAUGACCUCGGAACACGUCGACUUUCAGCUGGCACCUCCCCAUCUGCACCGUCGUAAUGCCGCCGAACGAGCCAUCCGUACCUUCAAAAACCACUUUAUUGCUGGCCUCUGUACCACUAACCCAGAUUUUCCCCUCCAUCUUUGGGACCGCCUCCUCCCCCAGGCCCUUAUCACCCUAAAUCUUCUUCGUCGCUCCCGCAUCAAUCCCAAGCUGUCCGCCCACGCCCAGCUUCAUGGUGCUUUCGAUUACAACCGCACCCCGCUUGCUCCUCCCGGGACUCGCGUCCUAGUCCACGUCAAGCCGUCCGUCCGCGAAACUUGGGCCCCCCAUGCUGUCGAAGGUUGGUAUCUCGGCCCCGCUCUCAACCAUUAUCGCUGCCAUCGCGUAUGGAUCACGGAAACACGUGCCGAACGUGUUGCUGACACCCUUUCCUGGUUCCCGACCCGCAUUCCCAUGCCCGCCGCUUCGUCCACCGACCGCGCCCUGGCCGCCGCCCGUGACCUGGUCCAUGCCCUCCAGAAUCCUUCCCCGGCGUCUCCGUUCGCCCCCCUCGAUGCCACACAGCACCAGGCACUCACCGAUCUUGCCACCCUCUUUGCCACUGUGGCCGCCCCCGCCGACGACGUCCCUGCACCUGCUCCCGUGCCUCCGGUCCGUCCCCCUGCCCCAGCACCUCCCCUUGCUCAGGCCGUCGCCGUCGCAAAGCACGCACACAACCGGCACCCCCAACCCUAG